CGCAGAGUGUAGAGAAGAGAGGGAGAGGGAGAGGGAGAGGGAGAGGAGAGAGAAGAUGGCGGGGGGGCAUGGAUUGAGGUCAAGGACGAGAGGUCUGUUCUCUCGAGGGAUCCGCAAGAAGGGUACUAUUGGGUCCUCAACAUAUUUGAGAACCUACCGCAAAGGAGACUAUGUGGACGUAAAGGUGAAUGGUGGUGUACACUCGGGAAUGCCUCACAAGUUGUACCAUGGUCGCACAGGCAAGGUCUGGAACGUAGCCAAACGCGCUAUCGGUGUGGAAGUUAACAAACAGGUGGGUAAGAGGAGGAUUAUUAAAAAGAGGAUCCAUGUGGGCAUUCAACAUGUGCAGCCAUCAAGGUGCACUGAGGACUUUAACAUGAGGAUGAUGAAAAAUGAGCAACUGAAGUUGGAGGCCAAGGCUAGAGGUCUUGUUAUCAGCACAAAAAGGCAACCAGAGUGCCCUAAAUCUGGUUUCAUGGUGGAAAGUCCCAUCUUGGAGACUGUCAGUUCUAUACCCUAUGGCAUCGUGAAUGAUCUCUAGGGUUAUUAAAUUUGUUUGAAUUAAAUUUUGUUUAGAUUCUUUGCCCACCAAUUUUUACAAGGACCAUUAAUUUGACAACAAUUUUUGCAUAAUAUUUUAUUUUAUUCUGUUACAAGUUCUAAUCAAAUUUUUUUGUUUGAUUAA